GAAGUUGCGCGCUCACGUUAGUCGUCAACGAGUGGCUGAGUAGUGAGUAAGGCCCCUCAGCACCGCCGCGCAGCUCAUUGACUGACUGACUGGUGCAGGGGACGCGGACUUUGCCGCCGCCAGUCUGUGAGCUGAUCUUACCUCAGGAUUGGCGACUCUGCGACAGGUUUCCGUUGAAGCAUCUACAGCGUGCCUCCCCUUCGCCUCCACGUGUAAAGAGCAGCUACAGGCCAGUCAGCUUCACCUCCCCUCCUUCACGUCCCUCGAGGAGCACCUGCCCACGAGAUGUCCCCCGUUUCAAGCAGCGACUCCUCGGACAAACAGACGAUCAGCAGGGGUCACAACGCCUCCAGUAUUGUCAUCCAAGUGCCAGAAGAUCAGAAGCCGGAGAAGGCGCACCUCUUGGAGAGUAAUGACAAACACACACCUGUGAUCUACUCCUCCACCAAGCACACCUCCCGCCUCCCCCCCCUUCGAGCCCCUCCACGCUGCCCACCCACCGGCAACACCAUGCAUACGUCAGAGGCUUUUCUCGCCCAUCCUGAGGAGUGGAGAGAUGAAGAAUCACGUGAUGAAGACCGCCAAGGAGAGGAAGGAGGAGGAAAAGAGAAGGACGACCCGCCAAGCCCAAGCGCUCCCCGACUCGUGAGGGACUUAGCUGCCUUCUGGCUGCUUGGCUUCUGCAACAAUUUCACCUACUGGGUCAUGAUCACCGCCGCCUAUGACCUGCUCGCCGUCCAGGAGCAGGAGUACGGUGAGAGCUUACCGCCGGCGGCCCCGAACGGCCAACCUCUCCCUGUCCCGUGGGACGUAACAGCCCGCCUCCCAGGCUGGAGCAAUGACUCCUUCGUCAACACCUUCACGUGCAACCAACAUUCCACUGGAGCCAUCCUGGUGGCCGACACACUUCCAGCCACGGCCCUCACCCUGGCGGCGCCGCUCACCAUGCUGACGGGCGUGGGUCUGAGGGUUGGGCUUGUGAGCGCGCUGUGCGUCGCAUCGUAUCUGGUGUUGGGACUCGCCCCGCCCACCUUCAUGUUCCUGGGCGUCGCUUUGGCAUCUGCUUCAAGAGGCUUCUCCGACACCACGUUCCUCGGCUACGCCUCUAACUACCACAAGCACGUGUUGUCCCUGUGGUCCUCGGGUACGGGCGUCGCUACUUUCGUGGGGCCGCUGUUGUUCUCUGCUAUGACCACCUUUGGGCUUCACCCUCGCCACGCCCUCCUCACCUUCCUCGUUGUGCCGAUCAUCAUCAUGGUCAGCUUCUGGUGUGUGCUGUCCAGCGCGCGGCCGUCUAUGAAUCACACGCACCUGGAGAGGGUGGACAGCGCCCCACUUGUGUACAAAGAGGAACUCGAGAGCAAAAAACAAAAGACUGUGGCCGUCAUCAAGGAGAAGAUUUACCUUUUUGGGAGAGCACAGAAGUACCUGUUGCCGCUGGCGGUGUUCUACCUGAUCAUGUACUUCACCAACCAGGGCCUGCUGGAGUCCGUGUAUUUCCCGGCGUCUCAUCUCAGCCAUGCUCAACAGUACUCGUGGAGCAUCACAGUUCGGUGUUUGGGCACCUUAGUAUCACGAAGUUCCCACAAGUUAUUUCUCCUGCCCUCUUCGUGGCUCUAUUGUAUCUUCGCUGUGGUGAUAAUGGCCGUGGUGGGGACGGAGUCCCACUACCACUACCUGCCUUCUGAGUACGUCAUCUUCGCCCUCCUCCUGGCACAAGGGCUGCUCGAGGGUGCCGCCUUCAGGACCACCGUAUUUACCCUGCAUAAGGAGACAAGUGAUAAGGAGAGAGAGUUUUGUCUGGGCAUCUUCCCGAUAUCGCUGUUCCUGCCCGCCAUGCUAGCCGGCUUCGCGUCCAUCCCCAUCCACGACUUCCUGUGUCAGAACCACGUCUACCGCCAGUGACUCCUCCCGCUCAGGAGUGAAGUCACGAGUGAUUUUCCGCACAGUGGGGGAUAUAGAGGGCCAUUGUAUCACUGCCAUGACGCCACUUCGGUUCUUUGUGAAGGCAGGCAGUUCCUUCCUCCUUGGGCCUAUCUGAAUCACUACACCAGUAUUAUUUGUUUUUAUAGAUGUCACACGCACAGAAAAUGCCCAACCUCACCGUUAGGUCCAUAUAAUGUGUAUUUGUUAAAAAAAAUAUAUAUAUACGUAAUUUUAUCCAUUGAUGGUGCUGUUAUGCUAUAAGAUGAACCAUAUCGGAGUUAGUGAGAUAAGAAAAAUUUUCAAGAUCUCUUCUUGACAAAGUAGGGUUGAUGGUGCAUGGAAUCAGGCCUUCUUUAUGUUCACUUCGUACAAGCCCUUUACAGCUCUGUACAACUGUCGUGUGGUAGGAUGUGAAGGAGUCAUGUCUUCACAUCAACGUCUUUUUACGGCACGAUCCUUCUAAAAAAAAUGCAGAGAACGCGCAGACAGUCGUAGAGGUUAUAUCCAUACUGAACUUUGUAACUGCAAUCUAUACUAUAUGACUAACAUCCCUCCACCUGUACGGAUGCACCAACAAACACUACAACUGA